GUUCAUUUCCUCGCUUCUCCCUACUCUCUGAUCGCCGAUCGCCUUUCUCCAUUCCUUCCUUCGGAUUUCGGAUUCGGUUCUACUUGUUCCCUCCACUCUCUCCUCACUCCUCAUCAGCUGCUAACCACGAUCACAUCAUCAGCUGCAUCAGUAGAAACAAAGCAGAAUCACAGCUUCAAACGCACUGGAUCUCCUCUCCAGUCAGGACAAUGGUCAGAGGAAGAGAUGCAUGCUGGGAGCACUGUGUUUUGGUUGAUGCAACAAGACAGAAGGUGAGAUGUAAUUAUUGUCAUCGAGAGUUCAGUGGUGGGGUUUACAGGAUGAAGUUUCAUCUGGCUCAAAUCAAGAACAAAGACAUAGUUCCCUGUACUGAGGUCCCAAAUGACGUGAGAGACUUGAUACAAAACAUAUUAAGCACUCCAAAGAAACAGAAGACGGCCAAGAAGCCAAAAGCAGAGCGCGUGGUCAAUGGUCCUCAAAAUAGCUCUUCUGCUAGUGGUGGAUUACAUCCCAAUCCUGGAUCUAGUGGACAACAUGGUAGCACCUGCCCAUCUUUGUUAUAUCCACGCCCUUCACCAAGUGCACAGCCGUUGGUAGAUGUUGCACAAAAGCAAAAGCAGGAUGAUGCUGAUAAAAAGAUUGCUUUGUUUUUCUUCCAGAAUUCUAUUCCUUUCAGUGCUACUAAGUCCAUGUAUUAUCAGGCAAUGGUGGAUGCCAUAACAGAGUGUGGAGUGGGCUAUCAGGCGCCCUGUUAUGACAAAUUGAGAUCUUCUCUCUUGGAAAAAAUGAAAGGUGAAAUAAAUGAUAACUACAGAAAACUUAGAGAUGAGUGGAAAGAGACGGGUUGCACUAUCUUGUCAGAUUUCUUGUCAGAUGGUAGGACCAAAUCUCUGGUGGUAUUAUCAGUUACAUGCCCUAAAGGGACGCUUUUUCUUAAAUCUGUUGAUGUAUCAAGUCAUGCAGAUAAUGCUCAAUGCUUGUUUGAAUUGCUUGAGUCGGCUGUUCUGGAAGUUGGUUUAGAAAAUGUUGUUCAAGUAAUAACAGAUAGUGCGGCGAGUUUUGUUUAUGCAGGGAGGCUUCUCACUUCCAGGUACCCCUCACUAUUCUGCUCUACUUGUGCUUCGUAUUGUAUUGAUAAGAUGUUGGAGGAUAUCAGUAAGCUGGAAUGGGUCAGUGCAGUCAUUGAAGAGGCAUGGACUAUCACACGUUACAUAUACAGUCAUCCAUGGAUUCUAAAUAUGAUGAGAAAGUUCACUGGCGGAAGGGAAUUGAUCCAACCAAAAAUUACUAGGUCUGUGACAAAUUUCCUAAAUUUGAGAUCCUUUGUAAUACAAGAGGAUAAUUUAAAGCACAUGUUUUCCAAUACAGAGUGGUUGUCAUCUGUGUAUUCCAGGCAACCUGAUGCUCAAUUUAUUAAGCCACUGUUAUAUCAAGAUAGAUUUUGGAAAUAUGCUCAUGAAGCUGUGAGUGUAUCGGAGCCUCUUGUUAAAGGUUUGAGGAUUGUAGAUGGGGACAUGCCUGCCAUGGGCUAUAUAUAUGAAGGCAUUGAAAGGGCAAAGGUGGCAAUUAGAGCAUAUUAUAAAGGGAUUGAAGAGAAAUAUAUGCCGAUUUGGGAGAUAAUUGACCGGAGAUGGAAUAUACAGUUACACUCUCCACUGCAUGCAGCUGCAGCUUUCCUUAAUCCUUCUAUUUUCUAUAACUCAAAUAGCAAGAUUGACUUAAAGAUGAGAAAUGGAUUUCAAGAUGCUAUGGUGAAGAUGCUUCCCGAGGAAAAAGAUAAGAUUGAAUUCACUAAGGAACAUCCCAUGUAUCUUAAUUCACUAGGUGCUCUUGGGAGUGAGUUUGCAGUCAUGGGGAGGACACUGAAUUCCCCAGGUGACUGGUGGGCAGGAUAUGGUUAUGAAAUCCCCACGCUGCAGAGAGUAGCAAUGCGGAUACUGAGCCAACCUUGUAGUUCUCACUGGUGCAGAUGGAACUGGAGCACCUUUGAAAACUUGUAUAAUAAGAAACGCAGCGAAAUGGAACAGGAAAAGUUCAAUGAAUUGGUUUUUGUGCACUGCAAUCUACGGUUACAGGCUAUAACUCAGAAUAGGGAUUCAAAAUGUAAACCAAUUAUUUAUGAUGAAAUUGAUGUUAGUGCUGAGUGGCCAACCGAGUCGGAAUCAUCAUCCCUUCUCUUGGAUGAUUCAUGGUUAGAAAAUCUACCAUUUGAUAGCAGAGGCAGUCCUUCGGCUUAUGAAUGAAUUGAUUAAAAAGGAACAAGAUUGUAUCCUUUUGUAUAAUUGUUGUACCUUGCAGUUAAUUAUUCAAAUUCAGUGCAGUGAAAUGUAGAAA